CUGGCAGCAAGGACCAGGAUGCCAACAGAGCUGUGACCACUAAUGUGUCCUCAGAUGCAGGACAAGCAAAGGAGGGUGAGACCUCUGCUUACCCCUUUGUCACCUUCCACAGGUAUGUGGUGUUCCUGAAACUGUUCCUGGAGACGGCAGAGCAGCACUUCAUGGUGGGACACAAGGUCAUCUACUAUGUCUUCACUGACCAUCCUGCCGAGGUGCCGCAGGUGCCCCUGGGGGCAGGACGGAAGCUGGUGGUGCUGACCGUGCGCAACUACUCCCGCUGGCAGGAUGUGUCCAUGCACAGGAUGGAGAUGAUCAGCGACUUCUCCGAGCGGCGCUUUCUGCAGGAGGUGGACUACCUGGUGUGUGCAGAUGUGGACAUGAAGUUCCAAGACCACGUGGGUGUGGAGAUUCUCUCAGCACUCUUCGGUACCCUGCAUCCUGGCUUCUACAGAAGCAGCCGAGAGGCCUUUACCUAUGAGCGCCGGCCAAAGUCACAGGCCUACAUCCCCCACAAUGAGGGCGACUUUUAUUACAUGGGGGCCUUCUUUGGGGGGUCAGUGGUGGAGGUGCACCGUCUCACCAAGGCCUGCCAUCAGGCUAUGGUGGAGGACAAGGCCAAUGGCAUCGAGGCCGUCUGGCAUGAUGAGAGUCAUCUGAACAAGUACCUGCUGUACCACAAGCCUACAAAGGUGCUGUCCCCAGAGUACAUGUGGGACCAGCAGCAGCUGGGCUGGCCCUCCGUCAUGAAGAAGCUGAGAUAUGUGGUUGUGCCCAAGAACCAUCAGGCAAUCAGGAACAGAUAGCUGAAUUCCUGUUGGAGAGGCCAGGCUUAUAUCCAGGGUCACUCCAGGCUGUGUGGAACUGGGAAGAUUUGAGAGACAUUUAUGAAGUGUCGCCAUCUACCCCACUUCAGGGUCUAGCAGGCCCAGUACCACUUGUCUUACCCUACACUGAGCCCCUGGAGUGGCAACCACCCUCAGCUCCCACUGUGUCUCUAAGCUCCUUCUCAGUGAGAUGUAGCAGGAGCUUUCAGAAUAUGGGGGAAAUUCUGUCAUGCAGUUACCUGAGGACCUGGGCAUCCGCACUCAGCCUGUCCCGUCCUCUGCUGAGAGGCUUGACAGAUGUCCAGUGCCCUCAGGAAUAGGCAGGAGGGCAGGGAGACUCACUGCCUGCAGGCCUCAGAGGUGAUUGGCUCCUGCUCAGCUCAGCUGGCAGAUCAACAACCUGUGACCAUUGCCUCUGCUCAGUUUUGGUUCAUUUGGGAAUAGCUAGUUAUCCAUCCUGGGAAUAAGUAUAUUUCUAGUAUAUGAGUAUAUAUUUUCUUUAAAAAAAUUUUUAAAUUAA